AUGGAAAUGCAUCGCAACAAAAGGCAAGGUUGGUCUUUUUUUCUGUAUCUCUGCAUGUGUGGGGGGAUAUGCGAAUCCUUCCUGUAUUUAGUGCCUGAGGAAAAGAAAAGUGGGUCUCUGGUGGCAAACCUGCUAGAGGAUUUGAAAGUGGAGGAUGUGAAGGAGCUGUCUGCUCGUGGGGCUCGGCUGGUUUCUAAAAGCAGCAAGCAAUUUUUACAGCUGGAUCCACACUCUGGGAAUUUGUUAUUAAAGGACAGAAUAGACCGAGAAGGCUUUUGUGGUCAGAAGGACCCUUGCGUCUUGAUUUCAGAGAUUGUACUGGAAAAUCCACUGCAAGUGCACAGAAUUGAAGUCCAAAUAGAGGAUGUGAAUGACAAUUCCCCCCACUUCUCUAAAAAGGAGUUCCUUCUUGAAAUACCCGAACAGACUCCCCUGAAUACCCGAUUCCCGUUGGAGAGUGCUAAAGAUGCAGAUAGAGGAGAAAAUGGUGUUCAGAACUAUACCCUUAGUCCAAAUGACCAUUUUAGGUUGGGUGUUCAGAGUCACAGCGAUGGUAGCAAAAGUGCAGAAUUAGUACUAGAGAAACAAUUAGACCGUGAAGAGAAUGCACGGCUUUUCCUGAUUCUGUCGGCUAUUGACGGAGGGACCCCAAAGAGAACAGGCACAGCAAAAAUUGUAAUUGAUGUUCUGGACAACAAUGAUAAUGUCCCUCAGUUCCAUCAAUCUCUGUACAAAGUGAAGGUACUGGAAAAUGCCCCCCCAAACACACUUGUAGCUAAAGUGGAAGCAACGGACAGGGAUCUUGGAUCUAAUGCAGACAUCACCUAUUCCUUCGGACAGGUGCCAGAAAAUGUGCUCAGAUCGUUCAAGUUAAACAAACAUACUGGGGAACUUAUUGUUGCAGGAACCAUUGAUUAUGAAGAAGACAAAAGUUAUGCCAUGAACAUCAAAGCCACAGAUGGAGGGGGCCUGUCUGCUUACUGCAAAGUCGUUGUGGAGGUGCAGGACACCAAUGACAAUGCCCCAGAGGUGACCGUAACCUCCAUCACCAGCCCCUUUCCAGAAGAUUCACCUCCAGAUACUGUUGCAGCCCUCUUCAGUGUCACCGAUCAGGACUCUGGAGAUAAUGGCAGAACUUCCUGCAUCAUUGAGACAAACUUGCCCUUCAUUUUAAAAACCUCAGAGAAUAACUAUUACCAGCUGGUGAUCCAGCAACCCCUCGACCGAGAAGGAGUCUCAGAGUACAACAUCACCAUCACAGCUACGGACUGGGGGUCUCCCCGGCUCACUUCAACAAAAAUAAUUAAUGUUCAGAUCUCAGAUGUCAAUGACAACUCCCCAGUAUUUGAGAUGUCAUAUUACGAACUGCCAAUAGUAGAAAAUAAUAUUCCAGGUCUUCUAAUGGGAUUAGUGCAUGCCGAUGACCUGGACACUGAGCAGAACGCCAAAAUUACCUAUUCACUUUUGCCUGGGAAGGUCAGUGAUCAACCUGUGUCCUCUUACGUCUCCAUCAACUCUGAAACUGGGAAUCUGUAUUCCAUCCGAUCUCUGGACUAUGAACAGGUGAAAGAUUUCCAAGUAACUGUGAGGGCUGUGGACAGCGGUUCUCCUCCCCUGAGCUCCCAAGUUAUGGUCCGAGUCAUUGUCAUGGAUGAAAAUGAUAAUGCUCCGUUCAUCCUCUACCCUCUUCAGAAUGGCACUUCCCCAUCCAAUGACCUGGUUCCUAGGGGGGCGGAGGCUGGCUACCUGGUCACCAAGGUGGUGGCAGUGGACAGAGAUUCCGGUCAGAACUCCUGGCUUACCUAUGAGCUCCUGAAGGCUACAGAACCGGGUCUGUUCAGUGUGGGGGCCCAGAAUGGAGAAGUGAAAACCAUGAGACCAAUUCAUAAACGAGACACCUUCAAACAGAAACUGAUCAUUGGAGUCAGAGAUAAUGGUCACCCUCCCCAGUCCACCUCUGCAACACUAAGCAUUCUGUUAGUGGAUGGCUUUUCUGACCCUUAUAUGAAAAUGUUGGAUAUCCCAAAGGAAGAAAUGAUGGAGAAAGAAGACCGUACCCUGACGAUGUAUCUGGUCAUAUGUUUGGCUGUCAUCUCCUUCAUUUUUCUGGUUUCUAUGUUGGUGUUUGUGGCCAUCAAGAUUCAGAAAAGGAGAAAGUUCGUAGAGAGCUCCACCCUGAAUUUCCCAGUGGUACCAAAUUUCCCAGAGAACAGUGGAGAUGUUGAUGCUGGAUCCCUUUCCCGGGCUUACAACUAUGAGGUGUGCUUAGCUGGUGGUUCUCUGAACAGCGAGUUCAGGUUUCUCAGGCCUCUCUUUCCUGUGUUUUCUGUGGAGCCUGCUCAAAACCAGGGAGAUUCAAGGAUUUCUGGUCACCAUGCAGAAGAUCAGGUCAGUAGUCAGUUAGCAGAAUACCUCCGAGCCUGA